AAGGUAAAUAUGUCAGUUUUCUAAAACACUAGGCGUGCAUCAAACAUUUGCGUUGCUGUGAGUAAAUUGAUAUCAAACAGCUUGAAUUAAAAAAAAGUAGUUUUUUCAUUUGGGAUUUCAAAAACAUUUUACAAAAUCAGUCCUUACAAUUUGGACAGAGACUGUCCAGACAGUUCUCAAAUGGCUCAAGUUGACAAAAUGUUCUUUAUCGGUACUUUGUAAAAGAACGUCUGCAUCACUUCCGAGGUUUUGAUGCUGAAGACAAUGUUUUAGUCUGGCAGCAUCUUAAGACUCAACUAACACAGAAAUGGCAUGGGCCAGUGAGCUGCCCGCAGAACUACUAUGCCGACCUGUAGGCCUUGUAGUGCUGACAGGCUUGGACACAACCUACAAUGCAGUUCACAAGGCAGUAUGGGACUCAUUCUGCAAUAACCGGCGACCAGAUCGUGUCCCAUUGCAUUUUCGUUCGCUGGGUGCUGACCAUGUGUACCCCAAGUGCAAGUCAAAGAGAACAUCCUAUGAGUGGUACAUUCCAAAAGGCAUAUUAAAGACUGGUUGGAUGAAGAAACACCUGUAUGAAAUUCCAGCUGUAGUAGUUAUCUUCUUUGACCUGGACUGGGAUGAGCCUUUGUGGAAGGAGCGGCAGAUGGAAUGCUCAACUCGAGUAGAGAUUGUGAGGAACAGUUUGCAAGGCCGAGGGACCAAAAUCGCUGUUGUUCUUCUCCAAAAAACAGCUCCACUUCCUCCUGGUGAGGAUGUGGUGGCAGCAGAGCGAGCAGCGACCUUUUGUAGUGCAUGUGAUAUCUCAGCCAAGUCACUCUAUGUCCUGCCUCAGACUGACCAUCUGCUGGGUUAUACCAUUAGAUUAGAGAACGCAUUUUAUGAGCUUGCUCAGAGUUACUACCACACUGAAGCAAGGAAGGUGAAGUCACACAAGGACUUCCUUAACAAGACUACACACCAGCUUUUGUUUGUGAGGCAUCAGUUUAAAACUGCUUUUUUUAAUGAGCUCAAGCAAGACACUCAUACUGCCCUGAAGCACUAUAAACAAGCCUAUGGUCACAUUUUGGAACAGAGAAUGCAUGACACCAACAUGCUGGAAAUCAAAACUAUUGCUGGUUUUGUCAAUUAUAAGAUAUGCCGACUUUCGUUUCAACAUAAUGUUCCUCUGGAUGCCAUUGCUCAGUUCCGGAAGCAUAUAGACUUUUUCAAGAACAGGGCUGGUAUUCCUGAACUGGCGUUUGAGCAUAGUGCUUGGAUGUCAAGACAGUUUCAGGUGUUUGGGGAUCUCUUUGAUGAGGCCAUCAAACUUGGACUAACAGCCAUUCAGACCCAGCACCCUGGAUUCUACUACCAACAGGCUGCCAAUCAUGCUAUAUUCCGCAAACAGCUGUGUCAUGGUCUGUGUGUGGAGCAAGAAGGAAAAGUGCAACACUCAAUACUUGAUGGACUAGAAUCUCUGGACUUUUAUGGCCAGAGACCUUGGCGCCAGGGUCACCAAAGCAUUGAACCUCCAGAUGUACAUAGAGAAAAAGAAGGCAUUGCAGCACUUCAGGCACUAGAGAGAAAAGUAGACCAUUCCUGGAUGGUGAUUCCCCUUCUUAGCAGUGCUGUGGCUCAGUUUCGCAAAUACAAGUCUCCACGUAUGAAGAGAUAUCUGAUGGUACAAAUGGGGGAAGAGUACUUCCAUGCUAAAGACUAUGGUAAAGCACUCAUGCUGUUAAAUAAAGUCAUGUGGGACUAUCGGGCAGAAAGGUGGUGGCCACUUCUGACAGCAAUCCUUGAAACAUCACUUAAGUGUGCAUACCUUACAGCUCGUGUGCAGGAGUACGUCUCUAACUGCAUGGAACUUAUUGGUGAACAUUCCCAAUGCACUCAGGACAAAAAGGCCAGGAUUCAGUUAAACCUCAUUCAGGUUUUAUCACAUGAAACGCCCAGUUCUGAACCAGGCUUAGAUCAGAGCUGUGUAGAGCAGGCGGCCAGACUGUGGGGGGAACUAAAAUCACACCCAUCUGUUUUCACAAUCGAAAUGCAAGGACUUAUACCCUUUGUGGAAUGCAAAGCUCGUUUUGUGAAUGAAGUGGUUGCUGCAGAUGCAGAGGUUGAGCUGGAAGUCUGCCUCAAAGUAACUUCUCCUCUGUCAGUGCAGUUUACAAAGCUAAACCUCCAAUUCAGCAACCAGGUAUAUAAUCAGUACUGUGAAGUGGUUGACAAUCAUGACACAACAGCAGCAUCGGCUUCAAAGGAUGAAUGUAACAGCGAUGAUCUCCAUUUGGAACCUGGGCAUCCUAGACUGUACCACUUCUCAUUCUUGCCAUCCAAAGAGGAUGUUGGAGGACAGAUAGAGAUUUCAUCCAUCACUCUUGAGAUGGGCUCAGAAAAUGGCUGCUGUGCAACCCUGCGCUGGAUUGGUGCUGGCGUAGGAGAGAUUGUGGGAAGGCCGCCAUUGGUGCCACGUUCUUCCAGGAAGGCUUCAGGUGGCAGUCUCAACUGGGACACAUUUCAAUCCUUUCCUACCAUCAGGGUAACACCACGCCAGGCCCAGGUGGAACUGGUCCUUGAUCACCAACCUCCAUGCUUGCUAAAUGAGUUCUACAGCAUCAGUGUCACUGUGACCAAUAUAGAAGUCACAGACAUUCAUGCAACAAGAUUGUCUCUAGGUCUUCACCAGGGAGUGGAUACUGCAGAUUCCGCCACUCACAUCAGUGUCGAAAAUCCAGAUUUUGAUGGUAAGAUUCACUCCAAGAGAAUUGAAGUCGAUAUUGGGACUUUGAAGAAAGGAGAAAAGGUGACACAACGAUUUUUUAUCAAGUGUCUUCAGUCUGGUACCCGCACAUUUUCUGUCAAGGUGGACUACAACAUUGAUGCCAAGAUGCAGCGGCAGACUGUCAGCUGCGCUUGCCACAAAGAGGAGACCAUUUCUAUCAAUACUGUGACACCAUUUGAAGUUUCUCUCAGGCUCGAAUCACUCAAGUUUGAGGCUGUUGAGGCAGUCCAUGCUGAGGAGCCCUUCCUGCUAAUGACUGAGAUUCGUUGCACUGCACCGUGGCCUGUUGAGAUCAAAGCCAGCAGCAUUCUCCUGAAUCAGUUUAUUAAGACAGCCAGUGAUGUCUUUGAAUCCCAGCUUGAAGGUGUGAAGCUUAACAGGCAAGAGUGUGGAGCUGAAUGUCUGUGUCUGGUAGCUGCUGCUUGUGUUCAGCCAUCUGUUGCCAUGGGAACAUACACUCUUCACUGGCGAAGACAAGGUGAGGACCUGCCCUAUGUGACCUCGACAUUCUCCCUUCCGGUGGUGAAUAUUGAGCAUAUCCCCAUUGCUGUUCACCUUCAACUGCCAGCAUUUGGUCGGGUCAAAACUUUGCUACCACUUACUUAUACCAUACGAAACCGCACACCUUAUGUACAGGAACUUGAAGUCAACAUGGAGUCCACAGACAACUUCAUGUUCUCUGGUAACAAGCAGACCCGGUUUCGCGUGCUACCUAGUGAAGAGCACCAACUGCUGUAUAACUUCUUCCCACUGGUGGCUGGUCAGGUGGUGUUGCCUCGGCUUCACGUGAACAUGUUGCGCUACCCUGGCACAAUGGAUGACCUGGUGCACAGCAUGUUGCCAUCUCACAUCUUUAUCAGGCCUGUGGGGAAAUCACUUCAAAUGCCAACAGGAUGAGGGGCAAACAUCUAGCUCUUUGAUGCGCCUCCCACUUUGCUGUGAUCAAAAUAGUGCACCACUGUAGUGCUAUACAGUCCGGUCUCUUGUUUCAUUCACCAUCCUGUGUGUGUAAUCAGGCUAAAGUGUACAAUAUUACAAAAAGCAGACAUUUAUAUUGAUGUGACUAUUGUAUUUAUAUCAACUUUAUUUUCACCCAUCUCCAUCUCUCCAUGCAGUAAGAACUGUGAAAAUCAUUCCACGGAACCCUGGAGUUGAAAUUCUUGUGAUGCAAAUUCUUAUCAAAGCAUGGCGAACAGAGGGUGAUUUUUCUUUUUGUUUCACUGUUGUCAUGUAUUAUUGGUCUCAGUGGCAAACCACUCACAGCAGAAUAUCUGAAGAAGACACUGCAGAAGGCAGAAAUGGUUGCAUUUACCCAUCACAGAGUCUUAAAAACGUGCAAUAAAAUAAAAUUACAUUUUUACCUAAUUGUUAGUCAUACUGUUAUCUCAUCCUCCCUCUGUCUUCAGUCUUCUAUGUAAAAUUUAUCCUUGUCCAUCUUUCCAUUCCUUCAUGUGCUUCUUAUUGACCUAGUUUUUUUUUAUGACAAGCAGGAAUUGUAUGCACCUGUAGACACUUGAUUCUGCACUAUGUAAACCACAUUUCUUUUUUGAUUGUUUUUAACUACUAUUAAAUGUGGUUGACAAGUAAGCUUAUUUUAAAAGCUGAAAGCACUUACACAUAGGACCUGCCUGGUGCUAAUACUUACCAUACGACCUUUGGUCAGUGCACAUUAACCAGUGGCGGUCAGCAGCAAGUCAAAGCAGACUUACUAAUAAACACCAGCAGUUUGAAACUCACACAAGUAAUUGUGAGUAGUUGUUUUAUCGUGACUGGUUGUUUGAUAUUGAUCAUAAGAAGCUUUAUGUUACUUGAAAUCUUUGAAGUUAUAUGCUUUGCCUGUUUAAGAAUUAAGCAUUGCAUUUUUUUCAAACGAGAAAUUAAAUGAAAUCCAUAAGAUAGAAACUGGAACAUGUUGGAAACAGGAUGUUUCUGUGCACGUGUGAUUGGUUUUAUUAGCUGUGGAAAAUUGCAUAUCAUUCAUUUACACACGUUCACAACAAAUUCACAUGCUUUGUAUCAGUGCAGAGUUUAGUUCUACAUACUGCUCCUAAUCUAACAGCUGUUUGAACUAAAACGUGGAGGAGACAUCCCUUCCUAUAUAGAUAAAAUUAUAUACUUGUUCCUACUUUUUACAUUUAACUGGUCCACUGAUAACAGAUAAAGUAUAUUCUCUGUUGCAAAAGACUUGUUGUAUAUCUUGCUUUAGGGUGUAAGAGACAAUGUGAGAUUGUUACAUAUUGCACACAUCAAACACACUGUUCUGCACUUAGCUACCUCUGAUGUGUGGGGUAAAGCGCUAUGUAGAUUCACUUCUUUCCCUCAAACGAUAAUGGGACGCCCGGUGGUAUAGUGCUUAAACACGCGCUUGUCACCACUGCAGUGAGCGGCUCAGGGUUCAAAUCUCGUCUCGGGACACUCUAUAUGUGACAUCUGUUCACAUGUCAGAAUCGGGGUUUUCUCCGGGUACUCCGAUUUUCUCCCCUUCCCUUUCCGCCCAUAGUGCGAAAUCGCCGCAAGGUGGGAGCACUUUCUACUAAAUAAACCAACCAACUCAAACGAUAAUCUUCCUGGUUGCCUUCAAGUGCAUGCUGUAGUGGGCGUCAACGACAAAAAUAAUUUUUAAAAAUACAUGUAGAUCAGAAAAAUGAAAGGGACGUAAUCUGGAAGAAACGAAAAGAAUUCGAAAUAUUUUGUAUUUAUU